CCCGGCCCGGCCCCCCCCCGCCCCGCAGCCGCUUGUGGCAGCGGCCCCGGCCCCGUGCCCGCCCGGCGCGGCGGGGAUGCCCGGCUGGGAGCGCGGCGGGCAGCGCCAGGAUGAAGAAGCAUCACUCGGUCCAAGGCACCUUCAGCCGCCUCUUCGGGAAGCGCCAGCCCAGCCCCCCCGCCGCUUCCCUCUUCGCCACCAACCCCCCCUGGAUCUUCACGCAGGAGGUGACAUCGGACAGCGCGGGUGGCACCGGUGAUGUGAUUGAAGUGUAUUAUGGUGACAAUCGCUUUGGGACGGUGAGCGACUCUGGCACAGCAACACUUAAACCUCGUCCAAGAGUCCGGCCGCUCCUGACUUUCCUACCCCUUAAUGCCCAAGAAUCCCAUGGGGUGGCUGUGCCAACGCCGUCGGUGCCAGAAGACUUUGGGGAAAAAGCAGCUCUUGGCUCUGGCUCCCAGAUCAAUGGGAACCACCGAAUGUACAGUUCGGUGGGGGACCUGCGCCCACAGGCUCUUGAGGGGGAUGAGCUGGAUGAAGACAUCCCUCCGCCACCGUCGGUGCCCCCACCACCCCCUCCAACAGCACCGGCACCCGCGCCACCACCUCCAGCCUCACCGGUCCCACCGCCACCUGAAAUUCUGCCUCCACCGCCACCCCCUGAGAUGGUGCCACCACCUCCUCCCGUGGCACCUCCACCACCUCCAGCCUCUGCCCUGUCCUCUCCCAGCACACCAACUCCUCCAGACUUCAUCCCACCGGCUCCACCAGGUGCCACACCGCUCAGCCGGGCCCCGGCACCCUUCACCACCGGCAUCUCCAAGUGGAAGUCCGAGACGGUGCUGAACACAAGGCAGGCGGAUGCUGAGGGGCCGCUCUGCCCUGCCGAGGCUGGGGUGCCGGCUGCCCCUGGUCCAAAGGAGAGUCUGCAAGCCAAGCACUGCCCAGAGCCCCACCUCACCUUCCCCAGGUCCUUCAAGGUGCCUCCACCAGCCCCGGCGCGGUCGUCCUCCAUCCCGGUGCAGGACAGCCAGCCGGUCCAUCAGGAGCCCUUCCCCAGGCAGCCGCACGCCCGGCCGCCCCUGCCGCCCUGCUUCACCAUAAGACCCGCGGCCAAGGCUCACGCAGUGGGGGAAGCUGAGCAAAGAAAUUCCCCUCUGAGACAGGCUGUUGGGAAGCUGGCCGGGCCAGCCCCGGCACCGCUGAGCCCCAAACCUGGUACAGUGCUCAGCCAAGGGACAGAUCCUGCCGGUCGCCGGUCCCCACUUCCAGCGGCCGAGCCGCAGAAGGUUCCUCAGCCAAAAACAGCCAAGGGAGACUCUCCUCCAAAAUCUGAAUAUCUCACUGCGAACGACCUGGAGCUCCCUCCUCCAGACUACCCGACCUGCGAGGAUGACUGGAGGGAUUCCAGCAACCUGGACAGGCUGCGGCAUGAGCUCUCAGCGCUCCUGCGCUCCCCACGGAGGGAAGAGAAGCCAUUGGAGAAGCCACCAGAGAAGCCAGCUGCUCCGCAGCCUGUGGACAGUGGUACCAACCAUGCCAGCAGCCUUAAGCCCAGUCUUAACGGGCCCCAACUCACUGCACCUGCUGGGAAGGACACAGGGUUAACCAUGGGAGGGGAGAGUGAGAAGAAAGGGGUGCCCAGUGGGCCCCCUGGUGCCAAAGCAGGCUCUCCCAGUGUGGCGGUCCCCGCUCCGGCGAGCAGCCCUGCCACGCAGACCAGCAGCGUGAUGAAAAUCAGGAAUGAGCUGGAGGCUGUGCUGUCCCUGAAGAAAGAAGGGAAACCUGCCCUGGGGCUCGGCAGCCAGAAGCAGAGCACAGAGGAUGGUGGCAGCACCCCAUCUGUGAGGAAGAGCCCCCCUGACCUGAGAAAGAGCCCCCCUGCCCCAGGUGACUCGGUGCUGCCAAAACCAGCCCCAAGCCCACUCCCAGCACCAACGGCUGCAGUGAAGAAGGAUGAGACUGGGCAUGAGGACCAUCCUGCUCCUGCCACUAGCAAAGCCACAGAGAACUUGCCUCCUGCUCCCAUGUCCUUCGACCGCAGCGUGAGCCCCCCAGACCCACCCCAGGAAUCAGUGGAACAGCCCCCUGCUCCCACCUCCCCCUCACCCCCCGUUUCUCCAGCACAGAGCCCAGCACCACAGCCCGAUGCGGCCGUCUUCCAGUACAAAGUGCACCGGGCUGGGGCCAGCUCGGCUGAACCCCCCUGCUCCUCGAGCUCAGCUGAACCCCCCUGCCCCUCAAGCUCGGCCGGGAGCCUGCCGAGCACCCCUGGAGCGGGGCAGGAGGAGGUGCUGAUCCACCCGGUGACGGGUGAGCAGGUGGAGCGGGGCUCCCCCAUGGCGCUGCUCCUGGCAGCCCGGCAGCGUGCCCAGCGGGGCCGGCAGGCUGGGGAGGUGGGAGCCGUGCCACGGGUGAAGCCGCUCCUCAAACUGGGCAGCGCUUCGUCGGACACCACCCCCACCAGCUUCUACCGCCACGAGUCCAAGCCCUACUCCUUCACCGUGGUGCCCCGGCCGCCCGGGACGGGAUGGAGCAAACCUCCGUCCUUCUCCAGCUCCUCGGACCAGGGCCGGGACAUGCGGGCAGUGGGCAAGGUGGAGCCACCGAGCCCUCCCGGGCACCGCCGGGCUGCUGCCUCCAGCCUAUUGCGGGGUCUCCUUGAGUCUGGGCACAACCAGCCUGGCUUGUCCUGCCAUGGUGUGUCCAGGGAGGAGGAGGAGAAUGGGGAGACAGCGCUGGACUACGGGAUAAUCCCCCCACCCCCUGAAUUCAGCAACGAGGCGGAUGAAGCUGAGGGUCCCCUCCCCAGUCGGGAGGAGAACCAAAAGUGCCCCAGCUUCCCUGACUGUAGCCGGGGCUCGGAGGCACCGCGGUACUUCAGGUGGCCGGGCUACGGCCGUGGCUACGGGGGCAACCACGAGCCGCUGGCCUCGCUGCCCUCGGAGAAGAGCAGGAGGAAUGGUGACUUCACCCCGCAGUACCCAGAUUACAGCAGCUCUGCCGGCUACUUCAGCCGCUACCCAAACCCUCGCCCGCUGAUCAAGAAGCGCCUGUAUGUCUCUGAGCCUGACAGCUCCUACCCCCGGGCAGCCGCAGCGCCCCGGGCCACGGGCACCCUCUCUUCCUAUGGCCCUGGGGGAUACAGCUCCCAAGGUGGGGAGGGGGCCCGCCGCCUCGGCUCCGCGCACAGGAACGGCCCCGCGACCACGCAGGGCCGGCGGACGUCCAUCGACGCUGCUGGGAAAGCCGUGCCGUACGGCAGCGCCGAUGCCAAGUACAAGGGCCAGAACGGGGAUUUCUCGCCCGCUGGUGCAGCGGCAGCCAGCAGGCCUGUCCACGGCAGCUCACAGCACAGCGGACCCACCAACACCUUCACAGUGAGACCUGGGGCACGGCAGCCCAUCUCCUACGCCUACCAGAGCGGCCACCGGUAAGCUGGUCCGCAGGGCUGCUCCAGCGCCUUCAUCCGGCCGGGAAGGGACGAGGAGGCGCCCAGGCAGGUCAUAUCCUUCUCCUGGGCACCAGGGAUGGUCCCAACCCAGCCAGCAAACGCACUGCUCGAAACUGCCGAUGGAGAAGGUGGGGAGCGAACCCAGGACUUGGAUUCUUCUCAAAAGACUUAUGGAGAGUAGUUACUGCAGAGGACUGGCUGCUGUCUUGUUAUGUGAGCAAACAUGGGUUUCCUUCUCCUAUUUCUCCCCCCUCUGUAUUAUUUCCAAAGCUGCAGCCUGGUAAGUCUUCUAAGAAAGCCAAAAAGCACCCUUAGUUCUCUUUAAAGAGCAUCACCACUGGAGAGGUUGUUUUCAGUUUGUUAUUUGGUUUGGUUUUUUCGUUUGUUUUUCAGUUGGUUUAAAUCCAACAUGCUCAGGAACAGGGAGGAACCAACUGGGAGAUGCACAUAAUGGCAGCAAGCCAGGGUAGAGCGAAAUGUAGGGGAAUUAAAAUGAGAACGUGGGGCCAAUGGGAUAGAAAUAAGAGUUUAGAGUGUUGAGAUCCUGACCUCUUCUGUCCCCACCUCCUUCAACAGCCUUGAGCAAAUCAAUUAUGCUGAUGCCUUAAGAACAGCUCCUGGUUCUCAGUGCCUGUCCUGUUGAGCCCCUUCGCCAGGGAGCGGCUGCUGGAUUUUGUAUUACAGACAAACCAAAGUUUUGAAUAGCUAGCUUCCAGAAAUUAGAAAGAUAUCAUUAUCCUCACAGGUGAACUUGCUGAAAAAUCACUGUAAGAUAAGUGUAAAAACUUGUAGAGAAUGUUUUCUAAUCGCUGACAAGCUAAAAGCACUUUGAGACAUUAGUCUACUCUCAUGGAAAGCACUUUCUAUUUUCAAUACUACACCAUAUCAUUAGUUCCACUCCAGUGUGUCCUGCAUUGCACGCACGGGUCUGUGUGCACAUAAGCAGAUUUUGCUCCGCAAUUCAACUCAAAAUUCAGUAAUAAACUUUCCUUCACGGUGGAAUUUUCAAAGGAGUUAUCUUAAUGUCAUGUCUUUGACGUUCUACAUAUUAUGUUAUUUACAACUUUACCUAAUAAUUUAACAGCUGUUUCAAAUAUUGCAGCAACUUCAAAGUAUUCUGAACUUUACUUUGCUGUGAAUCAGAUGAAAACGCAAAUACUGCAAUUGGUUUAAUAGCUAAUUCAACUGGCAUUUUUAUGCCAUUAAGUUGCAGUGACUUGGAGGGUUUCCAGACACACUCACCCCAGCCAGUAUUGAUAGAACAUGUUGCAAAUACCUGGGUGUUGGCUUUUUAAAAUAAGCUGAUGGAGAAAUGUGGCCAUGGAGUAACUGUCUGGGUAUUUCAGUGUGCCGGUGUCAUGCAGAAUAGCUCCCCCCUUAAAAUAUCAAGUUACUCCAUGCGAGGACCAUCUUGAGGAUUCUUAUUUAUCAAGGGAAGCUGCGAUACUGUUUGAGUGGCUUCAGGGCCAUGUUUUAGUGUCGGGAGAAGUUUCCCCAGUUUAACUCAAAAACAAAGAAGGCUCCCUGAUAAUAUUGCAACCUAAUUGUUUUUUUCUUCCUAAUACCUUUUUUUCGAACCAAUAAGUCACAGCAGUUUGAAAUUUAAAGGCUUUUUGGAAGACUUUGGCCUUCAAGAUUCACUUUGCCCAGCAAUGGGUGUAUGCGUGCGGUUUCCUGCCCGAGAAUUCUUCUAAAUCUGAGCGUGUCCUCAGUGCAAGUUUAUUUUUGAGCAAAAUGUGAAACUCCAACGGUGCCACUUGCUUUGAAUUUCACAUUUGCUGUUUCACCCAGACAUGCAAUUCAUAUGUAGUUGGAAUAUGGUGUUAUAUAGCGUGGAGUGCCUUGUUCCUAGCAGACGUGUAUUUGUUUAUAUUAACUAUUAGAAGCGUGAUAAUGUAAGUCAGUUUUAUGAAAUAGCCAUUAUUCAUUUGGAGAACACCCAUUCUGGGAAUGCAGAGUGGACUACGCUGUAACUAAAUCAGGUCGGGCUCUGCUCACAGUUGUAAAACUGGAUAGCGUGGAUGUUUUAAGCAGCGGAACGAUUCUAUUCUGCCAACACUUUGGGCUAUCCCUGCUUAUUUUGAACAAAUUGAGCAGAGUUCUAGUAUUUCAGUAACAACUAGACAUUUAUACCGGGGCCACUGGGAUCUGUGUGACAAAGAAAGCACUGUGAGAGCUUUUGGCAGCCAAAGCACUUAGGGAGAAAAUUCAAACUGUAAUGGAGAGCGAGGGCUGCAGGGAUGGGGCAAAGCUCCCUCUCCCUUGGGCAGGUGACUUUGUCGGGACAGCACAUAGAAACUCCGCUCCCGUUCCUGUUUCUGCUCCUCCCCAGCUCGGUUUGACUGUAUAAAUUUAGCAAUAGAAGAGGAAGAAACCGAGAGGUAGCAAAGGAGCAAAGCAGCCAACCUUCUAGCCCGGUCUUAGCACUGAAAGCAAUCUUGAAGCCUGACAAGGGAAUUCUUCCCGCUUUACCCUCCUCUAGCACAGUUUGGUCCUUCAAGUCUUGAUACAACUUAAAUUAUCCCUACAGCUGCCUCUUCCUCAAAGCACCUGCUGAUGUAGUAUAACUGAUAGCCAUACUUGUAAAGUGUUGAACAAAAUCUCUUAUUUAUGAGUGCCAUUCAAUACCAACCUUCUUGCAUUAAAUAUGUCUGGACAUAUUCUUUUA